AUGCCCCAGCCCUGCCCCGCGGCGGGGAGCCCGGCGGCGAAUUCCCCAGCUGCGUGUACUCCGUUGGCGUUGGCGACGGGGGAGUCGAGGCAGAGGACUGAGGGAGCGGGGGAGGACGGAGGGAGAUCGGUUCAGCACUGGUUGGCAGUUGCGGCGUCGUCUGCAGUCCCUGGUCCGCCUGCACCAGCGGAGGCGGUUGCGCCUGCGAUUGGAGCGGCAACAGCGGCACAGGAGGAGGUGGCGCACGCGGCUGUUGCUGCUGCCGCUGACGCUGGCGUCGGCUCAGCCUCACCCGCUGCCACUGCCCCGUUGACACGGCCGCUGGUGGAGGAGCAGGGACUGGCGGCAGAGCAGGGACGUGCAGAGGAGGCGGCUGCGAAGGCUGCGCCACUCGCACCGGUAGCGGUAGUUGCGACAGCUGUUGCGGCGGAGCAGGACGACGACUGGAGAGAGGGGGAUGUGACGGCUGGCGCUGCGUCCGCCGGAACGCCAGCUGUUGCCGAGGCCUCAGACACGCGGGGGUGCGCCCAGGGGGAGAAUGGUACACCGGCUCCCGCGAAUCGCGGCGCCGCCCUCUCCGCCCGUGGGAAGACCGUGAGGCUCCGCGCUCGACCAGCACCGAGGCGGCUUGGAGCAACGCUGACGCCUGGUCGCCCAGGACCCCUCCUGGGCUGGCUCCAGCAAACGCCGUCGCCACAAGGGAAAGCGCCUCCGUCUUCAUCAGCACCGCGACCUGCAUCGGGACCGAACGAGGGACACGACACGAACGGGGCUCGUCAGGCGCAGCACAGGACAGAGGCGUCCCGCCAGACGCAGCAGGCGGCGGCGGCAUCAACACCCGCAACCCAGCAAGCGACUCACCGUGAAACGCCGUCGGCGGGACCGAGCAACGUCCAGACGACGGAUGCGGCAGCAACGGCCGAAGCGACAGGGACGGGGGUGAACGCGGCGGCAGUGCAGGGCGUGAGACGCUCCGCACGGCACGGUACAAUCACCUGGGGACCGCCACGUGGGGGGCGUACUCCCUGGAUGCCGGUGGGACGCGGAGGUUUGGGCGCGCCUGGUAACGCGAGGGGCGGCGGGACGGCCACCACGGGCGGUGGAGCGCGGGGACGUCGAGGGGGGAUGCGCGGGGGCCUCGGAGGGGGACGGGGAGGGCGCAACCCGCUAGGCAGGACGGAUAUCCCUUUGAGAUCCGGCCCUUGGCGGGAACGCCACGAUCGACCGGAAUCUGUGGCUGUGGAUGCACAGGCGAAUGAGGGGCAGGAAGGCGUAGAUAACACAACUGCAGACCCAGAUUUUAUGGGCGAGGGGGAGGAAGCCGAGUCUGAAGAAAUCUCGCUGGACGAGGAGCCCGUCGCAGGGAGGAACAACCAAUCCAGGAGGAGGGGAGAGACGGCUGCUCCAACCACACAAAUUCCAGGCGAGGCAGACGAGGUAGGGGAGGCCGCCAAGGAGGACACGGAUGUGCCCUCUCCGUCCGACCUGGCAGAGAUGGGAGGUGUGUGGCAGAUCGCAGGGGAGUGGAACGUGGACGCCCUCCAGAGAGGAGACCAGCCGUUCCUGGUGCGCCGUUUGCCACCUCAGUUACUGGACCGCUAUUACCAGCGCCGGAACCAGUCACAGGAAGCCGUUGGACGGUAA